CUUGGCUUCCUCUCGCUCGCGAGACAGCGAGCCCAGCAACUUGCCUUGGUGAUCCACGGCAUUCAAGAUAAAGGCUACCUGGAAUUUAUAGCGCAAAAGAGACAGAGGCAAUGCGGAAAUAGGUGGACAGUUCAUGUCACCAAUUUUGCAUCCCACUCCAGGCUGAGGAUCUGAGAGUUCGCGGGGAUUGCAAUUAAGUGACAAGAAUUAUUUUUUAUUUUUUAUCCUUCCUUUUUCUCAUAGCGCUUAAAUUAUACCAGAUUUAAACUACACUUCACGGAGGAUUUGAAAUAUUCUUUUGCGUUUGACAGUGGGCUGAGAAGAAAACAAAUUAUACCCGAGGAUCAAAGCAACACUUUUUUUCUUGUGAGCAUCAACAUGGACGUGUUGGCGAAUUACAGUAUUUUUCAGGAACUUCAGCUGGUGCACGACACGGGCUACUUCUCGGCGAUGCCGUCGCUGGAGGAGAACUGGCAGCAGACAUGUCUGGAACUGGAAAGGUACCUACAGACGGAGCCCAAAAGGCUUUCGGAUCUCUUCGACGAGGAACUUGACUGCCUCCUUACGCCAGCCUUCAUGAAGGGAGACAGCGACGAGGACCUGAUAGAUCCUCUGCUGCCCAAUUUAUCGGACGAGCCCAGCCCCCCACCGCUGCUGGUAUCCCUUCCCAAAAACCUCCAUGCCCCAGCCAACACCAAGAGUACUGACGCAGGGCUAAAAGAAGCCAGCGGAGGAGUUAAUCCCGCCCAGCUAAACGCAGUCACGUCCCUCACGCCACCUUCCUCCCCAGAAUUGGGACGCCAUCUUGUCAAGCCCACGCAGACUCUUACCGCCACAGCUGAUGGCACCCUCACGCUGAAACUGGUGGCCAAGAAAGUGGGACUUGGGGCAGCAAAGUUAGUGGCGACACAUUCACUACCUUCGCCACCAAAUCGCGGUGCACAGAGCGAUGGAGAAGGAGGCCUGGGAACGGUAGGCGGAGGAGACAUCCCAGAGAACAAAAAGAGGGUCCAUCGUUGCCAGUUUAAUGGCUGUAGGAAGGUUUACACAAAAAGCUCCCACCUAAAGGCACACCAGAGGACACAUACAGGUGAGAAGCCUUACAAAUGCUCCUGGGAAGGCUGUGAAUGGCGUUUUGCACGAAGCGACGAACUGACGAGGCACUACCGCAAACACACUGGUGCCAAACCUUUCAAGUGCAACCACUGCGACAGAUGUUUUUCCAGGUCUGAUCACUUGGCUCUGCACAUGAAGCGACAUAUCUAAGGCCAAGGGAGAUGGGAGAGAGAGAGAGAGUGAGAGAAAAAGAGUGAGAACGAAGAGAAGAACAUGUGUGCACCGCCCAUUCGGGAACAUUCACAACAGACUUUGGGUGCACACGAGGGGUCUGGCCGCAAACGUCACCAGUAGGAACAUGCGAGGCAGCGUGGGCAAGCGUUGUUGGAUUCUACACCCUCUCAAGACAGUCCAAAAGCCUUUUCAUCAGCGAUUAGCCAUGCCUUACCGAGCGUUAGCUUGGAGGUCAGACACUGCCAAACACCACCUUUUUUUUUUUCCCUCAUUCUCUUUUUGUACAGUAAAUCACCAAUAGCAUGGGACGGUAGACUGAACGCUACAUGUACAAAACCGAAACGCACAUGUCAUUCAUCACUUAACAUAAUGGUUCUACUAGAGAAUCAACGUUCAUUGUACAUUCUGGAACUUCCUUCUUUUUCUUUUUCCAAGGACACAUCACAAUAACCAACCUGCAGCUAUGUCGUAUACAGCAAGCAACCAAACACGGAAAACAACAUUGCCAAUACGUUCUGAGGAGUGACCAAUGGAAGUAGCGGCCAAACGCAAUGCACGGCCCCCGAAGCAGUCUCUGCGUGGGAUAAAUGAAAAACAAAAAAUACGGCAACGCUCAGGAUGUGUGCUGAUUUCUCGUACUCUUCGCUCAGGAGCGAACUCUUCUCUGCUCUUCACGCCCGUCAACUCACAGGCGACCGAAAUGAUGCGCAGCGACACUUUCUUGCCUUUGUUGUUUUGUUGUUUUUUUGUUUUUAAAAAGACUGUUAAAAAGAUGGUUUGUUUUCCUUCUGAGCUGAAAUGUCUUAAACUUCUGAAAAGUGAAAACUUUGCGAACACAAGCAUUAAUGUGCACAUACGGGCAACAGGAGGGAACUGUGAGCCCUUCUCAGUAUGCACAAGGUUCAGUGGCUGCUAUCUGGCACUGAAAUGAAACGUUUGAAGCAUAAGAUGGGAACAGAAAGAUGGGGACUGCUGGCUUGUAUGAAAGGACAGAAGUCUUCUAUUUUUCAUUUUGCUUUGCUCAGACUUGAUCCGGGAAAAGCGAACCAGAGCGCGUCGGCACAGACCUUGUGUGAUGCUCUUGACACUGGAAAGAGUUCUUUUGCUUUGUGUUGAUGCUGGCACCCAUGUAAGAACGUAGUAGUCCGGUGCACUGGAGGAGACCAACAGAGGAGACGCUAUGGCGGGGAGGGACAGUUGGCAGGAUGUUUGACUCUCAGAUUAGAGCACCUGCUGGGAUAAGGAUCCAAAAGAACUCAGUGGCAUCAGCCCAGACAAACUUUGCCUGUUUCGUAUCCAUUGUCUGCACUGAUUUUUUCAAUGUUCUCUGUGCUUUUUUUCAUACAGUCAAAAAAAAAAAAAAGCUAAAAAACAAAACAAAAAAAGCAUAAAAACAAAAAACAACUUGGAGGGAAAAAAAGCAGAAAACAAAACCAAAAAAAAAUACAUUAAAAAACUUUCACACAGACACACACACCACAAUGCAGACAGAAUGGUUUCUUUGCUCUUGGCUUUUUCCUGAGAAAAACUCGAGAAGAAAAAAAGUAGAA